GUUAUGACGUCAGAAGUAAUAACCUUUUGCUCCUUUUCCAAACCGUUGAAUUAAGUAAUUUUAUCUCUUUAAUUAAAAUAUGAUUGUGACUUCUUUUACAAUGAACUGUUGUAAAGUCAAGAAAUUUCGGCUGUCUUCCUUUCCCAAGUAGCGUUGAAAUGAAGUUCCUUUGGUGUUCAAAAGUGGUUUUAUUGAGAAUGUAAACAAGAUUGAUUACAACUCUUUUUUGAAAGAUAAGUUUUUAUAAUGAAUGUGUUGGAUUGCUGAACCAUCUAAGUAUAAUGAAAUUCAUGUAUUUUUUUUACAAUCGUUCUAAUUUUUAAAUUUUGUGAAAAAUGGAAUUUUUAGAGAAACAAAGGGAAAAGACUUUCCAGUUAAUACAUGUUUAUCUCUUAAUUUGCCCUAUAUUUUUCUUGUCCUAUAUUGACAGAUGAAUAAGUUUCACAGUUGGCAAAUAUUUAAAAAUGUCAUAUUAAAUUAUGAGAUAUUAAUUCUUCGGUAAUUUAGUUUAAAAAAUUAUUGUUUUUUCUUUUUCUUUUGUGCGAUAAAAUAAGCUAUAAUUGAGCGACAAACUAAAGAGGCUAAAGCCAUGCCUGGAGCGGUGGCCCCCCACCCACAGUGCAAUGAGCAAAUGUUCCAGGCACUUAAGAAACAUAUUUUAAAAGAGAGACAAAAAAAAAAAGAAGAACAAGAAGCAGAUGCUGAAAAUGAAAGGCAACGAAAAGAAAGAGAAUUACAAGAGAAACAAGAUGUCAUGACUCUCUCUGAAAACCGAGAACAAAUCACUCAAUUGGAACAAAAGCUAGCUCAGUUAAAGGAUGAGAAACAUCAGCUGUUUUUGCAAUUAAAGAAAGUUUUAAAUGAAGAUGAAAAUCGCCGUAGACAGAUUAAUCGAGAACAAGAAAGUAGGGUCAACGCAGAAGUAACAGAGCUUUAUAAUGUUUCUGCACCCAGUCAUUCUCAUUUGUUAAUGCAGCAAGAAUAUCCUUCUUCAUCUUAUAAAGUUCAACCUGUUCAGGGAUCAAUGAAAAGACCAAGAAGUCCUUCUCCACCUCAUCUUUAUCAAACAUAUAAUCCAAAAACAACAAGACUGCCAUAUCAGAAAAGCUUUACAGGCUAUUACCCUAACCCAGGAAGUAGUCAAGCAUAUUAUCCAGGACCUCCUUAUACUACUCUUCCGAUAAGAACUGAUGCUCAACCUCAACCCAUGAAACAACACUAUUCCAAUCAGCCCUAUAUGCAUGCUGGAGAGCAUACUAAAUUAUAUGCAGAAGAUAAGUAUUAUUCUGUUGCUUCUAGGCCUGCUACUCAUGUUGCACUUCAUGGAGGGGCUAUCCCGAUCCAGCCUCCUCAAUCAAAGACAGGUGGUAUUACAUCUGGCUAUCCUAUCCGACAACCUACCUCCGCUCCACCUCCUCAACACGUGACACCAGGAAUAAGUACAACACACUCAAGCCCAGGUUAUCAUUAUCCUAUGGUGUCUCAAUAUCCUCCAUCAAGGCAACAAACCCUGGCUCCAACUCAACAUCUUGGUCCUCGUUCACAUGCUGUUUAUCCCAGUCAGUCACCAACUACUGGAAGGCUGGUCUAUAGCCAAGCAAAUGUUCCCCAAUCUCGUUAUAUGUGAUCUUAUAAAGGAAUAAUAACGUUUGUAAAUAAAGAUUGUAAUAUUUUUAGAGUUCGCUUAGAUUUUUUUUAAAUUUCCUUAAUAAGAAUUUGUUAUGGUUUCAAAUUGUAUCAACACAAUACUUUGUCUUAAGUUUGUUUUAGACAAAAGUUCAUACAUCCGUCAUCUGAAAUAAUUUUCGUUGGUGUUAGAUAUAUGGUUGUAAGUAUAUAAUUUUAAAUUUCUUAAGUUAUCACUUUUUUUUUUAACUUAGCUAUAAAAUGAAUAUAUAAAUGGUAUUAUUUAGGCAAUAUAUUUUUAUUAAAGUAAAAAACAUAAUGCAGGAUAAAUCUUUACUGCAUUCACUUUGUUUUACACUAAAUAAUAUUAAGAAUUUCUAAAUGAAGGAUUAAAAACUUUUUAAUAGCUUUCAGCUUUCACCUUCUUGCUCUGUUUUCAAAUGAUAAUGGUUUUCAUUGCUUUGUUAUUACGGCAUCACACACUUAUGAAAGCUGUUACUUUAUUUAAUUUUAAAACAACUGUAAAAGUUAUCUCAAAGUAUUAUCAAUAAGAUUACUUAUAUAAUUACUUAAAUUGUCAUUUUGAUGUGUUUAUUAUAGAACUGGUUAUUAUAUUGAUUUUAAGUAAGUAAGUUAACUUAAUCAGUAGUAUAUUUUAAUUGUAACAAGUUAUGUGUAUUUUAAAAAUGAACUGUAAUGAUACAUGUUUUUGUCAAAAUUACUUA